CAACCGGCCGGAGUCUACUACCUGUAGCCCCUUUCCUUUCAUAUAUAUAUACUCUGAUCUCAUGGAUGUGGUCGAUCGGCCAGGCUGCUCCUAUAUAAAGGGCGAGGUGUAUAGCAACAGAUGUAUGCUGCACGCAAUCAAUUCAGGUCUUGUAAGCUUGCAUAUAGCUGUCCAGAUAUGUUUGGUUGCUGACAACAAGCAUCUUGAUCGAUCGAGUUUCAGUAUAGUUAAGUUUCAGACUAUCAGGCAGCAUGGGAAGCAGAGGGUGUUCAUGCUGGCUCUUAAGCCUGGCACUGCUCUGCUCCCUGGCUGCUGCCAAGGAGCAAUACCAUGAGUUUGUGAUCAGGGAGACAACAGUGAAGAGGCUGUGCAAGAGCCAAAGCAUAAUGACGGUGAACGGGCAGUUCCCGGGGCCGACGCUGGAGAUAAAGGAGGGGGACUCGCUGAUCAUCAACCUGAUAAACCGUGGGAGGUACAACGUGACGCUGCACUGGCACGGGGUGCGGCAGAUGAGGACGGGGUGGUCGGACGGGCCGGAGUACGUGACGCAGUGCCCGGUGAGGCCCGGGCAGAGCUACCGGUAUCGCUUCACGGUGGCGGCGCAGGAGGGCACCCUCUGGUGGCACGCUCACUCCUCCUGGCUCCGCGCCACCGUCUACGGCGCCCUCCUCAUCCGCCCCCGCGAUGGCACCAGCUACCCCUUCCACGUCCAGCCCACCAGAGAGCUCGCCCCCAUCCUGCUCGGGGAAUGGUGGGACAUGAACCCCGUCGACGUGGUGCGCGCCGCCACGCGCACCGGCGCCGCGCCCAACAUCUCCGACGCCCUCACCGUAAACGCCCAGCCCGGCGACCUCUACAGCUGCUCCUCCCACGACACGGCCUUCUUCCCCGUCACCUCCGGCGAGACCAACCUCCUCCGCUUCAUCAACGCCGCGCUCAACACGGAGCUCUUCGUCUCCCUCGCCGGUCACAACAUGACCGUCGUCGCCGCCGACGCCUCCUACACCAAACCGUACACCACCUCCCUCCUCCUCCUCGCCCCCGGCCAGACCACCGACGUCCUCGUCACCUUCGACCAACCUCCCGGCCGCUACUACCUCGCCGCCCGCGCCUACGCCAGCGCCCAGGGCGUCCCCUUCGACAACACCACCACCACCGCCAUCUUCGACUACGGCGCCGCCAACAACGCCUCCAGCGCCGCCAUCGCCAUGCCCACCCUCCCGGCGUACAACGACACCACCGCCGCCACCGCCUUCACGACGAACCUGCGCGGCCUCCGCAAGGCGGAGCUCCCGUCGCGCGUGGACGAGAGCCUCUUCUUCACCGUCGGCGUCGGCCUCUUCAACUGCACCAACGCCACGGCGCAGCAGUGCGGCGGGCCCAACGGGACGCGGUUCGCGGCGAGCAUCAACAACGUCUCCUUCGUGCUCCCCUCCUCCACCUCCAUCCUCCAGGCGCACCACCACGGCGCACCCGGCGGCGUGUUCACCGCCGACUUCCCGGCGAGCCCGCCGGUGCAGUUCGACUACACGGCGCAGAACGUGAGCCGCGCGCUGUGGCAGCCGGUGCCGGGCACCAAGGUGUACAAGCUCAAGUACGGCUCCGCCGUGCAGGUGGUGCUCCAGGGCACCAACAUCUUCGCCGGCGAGAACCACCCCAUCCACCUCCACGGCUACGACUUCUACAUCCUCGCCGAGGGGUUGGGCAACUUCGAUGCCGGCGCCGACACGGCCAAGUUCAACAUGGAGGAUCCGCCGAUGAGGAACACGGUGGGCGUGCCGGUGAACGGGUGGGCGGUGAUACGGUUCGUGGCGGACAACCCGGGGGUGUGGCUGAUGCACUGCCAUCUCGACGUGCACAUCACCUGGGGCCUCGCCAUGGCCUUCCUCGUCGACGACGGCGUCGGCGAGCUGCAGUCGCUGGAGGCGCCUCCACCUGACCUGCCACUCUGCUAGUGCCUCCAUCAACACAUCAAAUUAAUCACCUCUUGUGUUACUGUUAGCAGCUGAUUAAUCAUUUGGAGAUCAGCAUUACUGAAUUAAUUACAUGUAUCAUUUUUCACAUUUGAUUCAUUAAGAAGAUAACAACAUUCUCUUCAACGCCCAAUUGCAUGUAUAAGUAUAAUAACAAUACAGAUUGAAGUUUGUUGCAAGCAUGUAUCAAGAAAAGUCCUUACCUCGGAGAGAGACAAAGAAAUUCACCUGAAAGAUUAAUUAUUGGGUUAAUUAUCUCCUGGAAAAGAGCUGCUAAGGACAAUACUACAAGUGAGCUUGAUAAAUGACAGAUUCACUUCAUCGGUUUGUCAUACACAACACUACUCUGUUGCAUGCGAAUUGUGAAUUGCAUCUCUUAUGCUAUUAGCAACUGAUUAAUCAUUUAUUUGGAGGCAUUGAAUUGCAUGUACCAUCAUUUUUCAUAUUUGUUCAUGAUCAAGAAACGGCAUUCUCAUUAACACAGAUUGCUGAGGUUGCAAGUAUCAAUAGAAAUCCACACCUGCCAAAUUCACCUCAGAGAAUGGAUCAUCUCCUGUCUGAAGAGCUGAUAAAUACAGCACUGAACUCGACCACUGAGAGAUUCAGUUCAUUCAUUUGUCGCACACAACACAAACUGAAAGUCAAUUUUUCUUUCAUUUGCCUCUUUAUACUCUUAGAGUAUACAGAAAAUAUGAAAAAGUUAUUUCAUUGGUUUCUUCAUGCACUUCCUCACACCAGCAACCAUACCAGCCACUAGCUUCUAAAUAAUAGCUUUUAUGCUCUCAUGUGCAUCCUUCAACUAUCUAUCACACACAAACUACUGUACAUGUAUCACACACCAGCACUGUACAUGUUUCAAGAAAUAUACAAAUAUGUGUAACAGCAAUGGCCGCUCCCCCAGCCUCCCAGGGAACAAAAAAAUUGAUCAGGUGAAGAGAAAUAAUAAAAGAGAAACAAAACAAUUGACCAAUUCAUUAUGUAUUGAGAGCAUCGCAGGUAACUCCAUAACUUCCACUCUAGUAUGCUUUUCACUUUUCACUUGGGGGGAAAUGAUCGAUUCUUAUACCGAGGUGGCCUCAUCUCAUUUUCA